AAAUAUUUACGUCUGUCUCGGUGUUCAGGAACUGCUUUCCUUUAGCAGGACCAAGAUCUCUCGUUUUACGUCAAAUACGCGCAAUGGCUGUCAAGCAGAAAGUACUACUUCUUGGAGCGACUGGAGAGACUGGGGCCUCUAUCCUGAAUGGACUGCAAGAAUCUGGAAAUUUCGAUGUGGAGGUUUUAGUGCGGCCCGCUUCUGCAGAUAAACCGUCGGUCCAAAAGCUCCGAGAGCAAGGCCUUACGAUCUGGCCCGUAGAUCUUGACGACUUCAAUGGGCUUGUGUCUGCUAUGACCGGUACCGAUAUUUUCAUCAGUGCUAUUGGACCCAAUGACUUGCUCCAGCAGAAGAAGCUACUUCAAGCAGCGAAGAUUGCAGGUGUCAAAAGAGUCAUUCCCUGUGCUUUCACCACGGUAGCAGCUCCAACGGGCGCUAUGCUGCUUCGUGAUGAGAAAGAAGAAGUUUACAAUGCCAUCAAGUACUUGGGUAUUCCUUAUACCGUGAUCGAUGUUGGCUAUUGGUAUCAGAUCUCAUUUCCGACUCUGCCGUCUGGAAAAGUGGAUUACGCACAGAUGGUUCCAGUGAAGACUAUUCAUGGGGAUGGAGCAGCCCCUAAUAUUCUUACCGACCUACGUGACAUCGGGCGAUAUGUCGCACGAAUCAUACUCGAUGACCGAACUAUUAACCGAUAUGUUUACACGGCCGGGGAUGUACUUUCGGAGAACGAAAUUUACCAGAUCGCGGAAGAGAUCUCUGGAGAGAAGCUGGAGCCGUCUCGCGUAUCAAAUGAAGAUGUCGAAGCCAGUGUGAAGCAAGCCAAAGCCGCUCUCGCCGAGAGUCCUCACGAUAACAUGAAGCGCAUCGGUGUUUUCGUGGCCCAGUAUGAGCAUAGUAAAUACGUGCGGGUGGAUAAUAGUCCUCGCUAUGCCGACUAUCUGGGUUAUCUCAAUGCUAGAGAGCUCUAUCCAGACUUCCAACCAACAUCCUUUCGUGAUUUCUUUGCGGAGGUCCUAGCUGGAAAAGGCAGGAAAGUGUAUUCAUAGAGUUACACUCAGGAACGGAAUUGGUUCGAAAUAUUCACAAAGCAUCCGUUGCCCGGGGUGACAAUUAACUACUUUGAAUGCAGUUGGACUGGACAUCCAUUAUUCCAAUUACUAUGCAAUCCUAUGAAUUGAAC